AGAGGGGACCUGGCCGUGGCGGAGGUACCUUGGACAGAGGCGCCGCGCCCGCCCGGAGCCGCCGGAGGGCACCGAGCCGCAGAACUGAGGUGUGAGGCUCUGAGAGCCCCUGAGUGACUGCAAUUUCUGUCCUCAACAAAAAAAAUCUCACAGGAAAUGCGGGAAUGCCUGAUCUAGAAAAAGACAUGCAGAAGAAGGAGAAAGAUUCACGCAGUAAAGAUGAGCCAGCAGUACCAAAACUUCCAGUCCCACCACUGCAACAGACCUUACAGAUGUACCUUCAGUGCAUGAAACACUUGGUGCCAGAGGAGCAAUUUAGAAAGACCAAGAGCAUCGUGGAACAGUUUGGAGUUGCAGGAGGCCUUGGGGAAUCCUUGCAGCUAAUCCUCGAGGAAAGAAGGGAAAAGACCACAAACUGGGUGUUUAACUACUGGCUGGAUGACAUGUACCUCAACAACCGUUUGGCUCUUCCAGUCAACUCCAGCCCAGCAAUUAUCUUUGCUCGUCAGAAUUUCAAGGAUGUAAAUGACCAGCUAAGGUUUGCUGCCAAUCUUAUUUCCGGCGUGCAAGACUAUAAAGCUUUACUAGACAGCCAUGCUUUACCUGUUGAUUUUGCUCGUGGACAGCUGUCUGGUCAGCCUCUCUGUAUGAAGCAAUACUAUGGACUCUUUUCUUCCUAUCGUCUUCCAGGACAUACCAAAGACACGCUUGUGGCCCAGAAAAGCUGUGUAAUGCCAGAACCAGAGCACAUCAUUGUUGCUUGUAACAAUCAGUUUUUUGUUUUGGAUGUUGUCAUUAAUUUCCGUCGUCUCAGUGAGGGAGAUCUUUUCACUCAGUUACGAAAGAUAGCCAAAAUGGCAGAGAAUGAAGAGGAAAUGCUGCCUCCAAUUGGCUUGCUGACGACUGAUGGAAGAACAGAGUGGGCAGAGGCCAGGACAAUCCUUAUGAAAGAUUCUACUAAUCGCGACUCUCUUGACAUGAUUGAACGAUGUAUAUGCCUGGUGUGCCUGGACGGUACAAGUGGGGUUGAACUCAACGAUACAAACAUGGCGUUGCAACUGCUACAUGGAGGAGGCUACCAUAAAAAUGGUGCCAAUCGUUGGUAUGACAAACCCAUGCAGUUUGUGGUAGGAAGAGAUGGAGUCUGCGGCACUGUGUGUGAACAUUCCCCUUUCGACGGCAUCGUACUGGUGCAGUGCACCGAACACCUGCUCAAGCACAUGAAAGAAAGCUCCAAGAAAUUACUCCGAGCCGAUUCAGUAAGCGAGCUUCCUGCUCCACGGAGAUUAAGAUGGAAAUGUUCCCCUGAAAUUCAGGCGCACUUGGCAUCCUCAGCAGAAAAACUCCAGAGGAUAGUAAAAAAUCUGGACUUUAUUGCCUACAAGUUUGUGAACUAUGGAAAGGAAUUUAUUAAGAAACAGAAGACCAGCCCAGAUGCCUACAUUCAAGUAGCACUGCAGCUUGCAUUUUACAGGUGCCACAGGAGACUUGUCCCUACCUAUGAAAGUGCUUCCAUACGCCGAUUUGAUGAGGGCAGAGUUGACAACAUUAGGUCUGCUACGGCGGAAGCGUUUGCUUUUGUGAAAGCAAUGAUUGAUGACAAGCCAGCUCUGUCGGAUUCUGAGAAGAUGCAGAGAUUUAAGGACGCAAUUGCAGCUCAAACUAAUUACACUAUUUUGGCUAUUACUGGAAUGGCAAUAGACAAUCACCUACUAGGGCUGAGAGAGGUGGCACGAGAACACUUCAAGGAACUGCCGGAGAUCUUUACAGAUGAGACCUAUUUGACAAGCAAUAGAUUCAUCCUCUCAACCAGCCAGGUUCCAACAACAAUGGAAAUGUUCUGCUGCUAUGGGCCCGUGGUGCCCAACGGUUAUGGGGCAUGUUAUAAUCCUCAGCCAGAACACAUAUUAUUCUGCAUUUCAAGCUUUAAAGACUGUAAAGAAACGUCUUCAGACAUGCUUGCCAAAGCCGUGGAAGAAAGUCUCCUAGAAAUCAGAGACCUGUGCAACAAAUGCAGCUCUUCUACAGCAAAGUCACUUGCUAAACAAGAGGAAGCCACACAGUUGCGGAGUGACCACAAACUCUGAGAGGCUCUGGGAAUUAUUACCCUGAAUCCACCGUAAGAAGUAAAAAACGACAUAGUUGUUCAAAGGCAAGAUAGUGCUAGUGAUAUAUUAGCGUAGAACAAAAAUGCCAUGUCUUUUACACUGUUGCUAACAUUUAUAGAUGUGAAAUCUUACAUUUCAUGCUUGAGGAUCAGCAAGAAGGUUUGGUCUCACUGACUGCAAUGGAAAAGGCAGGAAUAUGCGUACGUAUUGUAGUAUCAUUUCUAACCAUAAUUGACUUAUGCCUCUUUAUUUUCUAAAAAACCCUGAAAUUUGUAUAUGGCAUGAAUGAAAUGCUAAAGCACACCAAUUAAUGAAUAUCCCCUAAAAGUAGUUCUAAAACAUUUACAUCUAUUCCCACAAAGCCUACAUGAAAAGUAGGGGAAAAAUAAAAGAGUUCCCCCCUGCCAGGUAUGCUGAGCACUGUAAAAAACGAGCUGAUGCCACUAAAUUUUGAAAUUUGCAUGUGGAGUAUUUAAUAUCCUACUAUUUCCAACAUUACAAAAGCAGAUCAUUUUUAAUAGUGGCCACUGUGUGUUUCUAAAUACAGCAACAGACCUCAGUAAAGUUCAGUGAGGGUCUGCACGUUCUCCUAAAUUAGAAGUGCUGCAGAAUGGUUUAGCCUUUACUCUGGUUUGCACUGGCCUUAAGCACAGUGCCAUCCUGAAAGCAGCGUGUUGGAGAUAAGAUCCAUCAAGGAGAAUUAGGAGAAUUUUGUCCAUUAUGAAUUGACAUGAUUACUUCCUUCUGACAGCGAGCAAAAUCCAAUCCGACAGAGAAGCAAAGCACAAAGCAUAAGUACAAUUCAAUUCUAUUUAAAUCUUUCUGUUUGCAUAGGAAUGAAUUCUGUCAGUGUGACCAGCAGGAGAGCUGUGUGCAACCACAGAAAAAUCAAAGAGCAAUAAAUAACUAGAACAAGGAGGCAAACUUGCAAGAUAAGGAAGUCUCUAAGAUAGAGCGAUAAAUACCAGUUUAAGAGUACUAGUACUCAUAUCAGCUUUGCAUCAUCCCACUUGGGAGGGAUUUAUAUUUUGUAUUUUAAUAUCAGAUGCAGGGUAUCACCUUCUGCAAUACACAAUAAAUUCAGUUGCAAGGGUAAUAGAAUACUUGGUAAUUACCACAUUUUCUGUGAGUGUUACCCUGAGGUUUUCCUCAUUAUUUCUCUCAUUUCCUACAAGCCUUCCAAGGACUGGUAUUUUCACAUACCUUGUCCCAAGCUGAAAUAUGUUGCCUUGCUUAGCAGCAUUCAGUUGGAAUCAUGAGAAUAUAAUUUAGUGACUGACUGAAGACACUUAAUAACUGAGUACCCAUCCUUAGUUAGGAGGCUGGCCAGGGACCUGAUGGUGGACAAAUGGACACCUUUUCUUCUCCUCUGUAGACAGAGCGAUCACAUGCUUAAGUGCUCACAGGUCUGAAAGCAGAGAAAUAGAUGCACUGUAAUAAACAAGAAGCACAGAUGUACUUCUGUCUAAGAACUCUAGAUACUGACCCAGUAGAUUAUGUCUGUCCGUGCUUAUUUUAUUGCUUCUUUUUAGUCAUAUUCAUUCAAUUAAGCAUUCUGCUGGAUAAAGGCUAUCCAUGCCAUAUGCCAAAGCACAGUGGGCCUAAUAAUCAAUCAGAGCAAGUCAGCUAUGGUGAAGCAAAUCAACCACGUUGAUUUACAGUGAUAGGGGUUUUUUUAAGUUAGUGUGUUCAUUUAAAAAUAUGUGUAUUUCAUUACUCCACUGACAUGACUCAAGCCAAAGACUGAUGAUUAUGUAAAUAGUACUAUGGCAUAAAAGCUGCCCCAAAGUUAAAACUCAUAUGUCAUAUCACCCCCUUCCCAACAACAACAACAAAGAUGAAAGUAAAACUAAACAUUCAUCCAACAAAUAUGCUAUUCAAAAAUAUGACUUUGAAUUGUUUCUGUACUACGAUUAUGAAAAUUACUUUGAAACACUCCCAGUAAUUUUGCUCUUCUGUCUUAGGUCACUACAAAGACAUUCUGCUCUUUUAACAUAAACUUGGCACUACAACCUCAAGAUUUUUUUCAUACAACUGUUUGCAAUUAUGGCCAUGCUUUACAGGUAUACGAUGCUGUGAAUUGGUACUUGAUUAUUUAUUAAUUUUACUCUAAUGAGAUGUAUAAUCUUAUUUUGUAUGGUUUGAUAGGUACCGAUAUUUAUUUGCAAAUGCUACCUGUGGUUUUGUUUUACUUCCUUUGGCUGGAGUUCUAACAGCAGCUCAGGCACUGCACCCAACACACAAUCAGUGAACGUUCGCACAGGAAUUCAGACUACAGAAGCUUUAUACCGAUUUAUCACUGAGAGCACUUUACUUGCCCACAGCUGCCAUAAUAAGAGUUUGGGAUUUUCUGAUAUCACAAAAUACCAGUGGGGGAAAAUACUGACAUCUUAUUCUUACUUGAGAAAGAAACCAGUGACGAACCAUGCUUCCUAUUUUUUGAGCGGUACCUCAGGCUCACACUGACCAGUCUGAAUGCCUGGAAUGCUUCAGCAGACAGCCUCUCCAGUGGAAUAUGUUUAUGGCAUGUGCUGAGCCCUUGCAGUAUCUGCAAAGUACCUUAUCCUGUUUAGGAAACCUCAGGCUCAGCUCCAGGUACACUUAGACUGGACAGUCUUGCAUAAGGUUAAAAUGGGUAAAAUUCACAGCCCAGGGCACUCCCAGUUUGCCAGCACGAUCUUCAUGGUGGCUGUGCUCCUUCUCAGCUAACAGAAUCCCCUACACCUAUGUUUUAUCAGCCCAUGUUGCACUGCAUUUAUUAAGGACUUCAGGAAAUAGGUAGCUUUCUUAGGUGCUUAUAUAAAACUUGUUUGUGUGGUAAGGCAAAAUAAACCUGAUUUCAAAACUGAUAUUGUUAAGGGUGUGAAAGCCUGCUGCCUGUGGCUGGAGCAGGGCUGUGGCUGCGUGCCUGGACUGCAGCGUGGGUGACAGAAGACUCAGAAAUAUUUUAGUGAUACUUUUAUUUUUAUAAGAUAGUAUAGAUUUAUGACAAACGUGUUUACUUACAGCUCAUUUGGUUCAGUAGUCCAGUGCUCUAUGGAAACAUGUUUAUGUGUAUCUAUAUGAAAACAUAUAUACAUACCUGAUGUGAAGUAAAUGCUGGUAAACACUACUUCAGCUCAUUGCGCUGCCAAUAAAGCCAUCGGAACGAG